UAAAGCGUCAUUUACCUCGCAGCGUCUCCGGGAGUAAAGCUUUGCGAAAGUUAAGAAUCCUUGAAAAGUCUUGCAUACAGAGACGAAGAUGACUGCCAAAGUUUUCUUCUUCGUUAUUGCCGUUCUAUUUGUGAUGCAAAUUGAAGCUAAUCCUCUGUACGACCGAGAUUUUUUUCGGAGACUACACAUGCAACCAAUGAUGGACGAACACCCGGAUGCAUACGCACGUCGACGGCUAGAGCCAAUGAUGGACGAGACUCCAGAUGAGUACAUUGCUCGACGUGAAGAGCUCAUACACGGCAGGGGACUCUGUGAGAAUGAAAACAAGGCGUACUGCGAACAAUGGAAAGCGUAUUGUGACCAACCCGCUUUUUUUAUAAAUGAAAAUCGCUAUAAAAUGUUUGUCAACAAGAUGUGCACAGCGGCUUGUAACAGAUGCAAAUAGGUAAAGACGUGGUCCUUUUCGUAGAAACACAUAGUUUUGAUGCAAGUUUUUUUCAAUCUUGUCGAGGCAAAAUGACUUGUGACGCAGAGUAGCUGUAGUCGAUAGCUUCAUUAGAUAAAAUUCAUUUUUGUACUUUAUGGCAGUACAUCCUUGUAAGUAAAAAUGUUGAUUUUUGAUUAACAAUUAAAUCCUAAUUACAAUAAUUGUUACUGUUAUUUUUUUUCUUACCGAAGGAUUGGUAAAUAAAACAAGGUUUGCGAAACGCUUUUUUCCAUGACCAUUUAUUGAAUUGUAAAGCUUUGAAAUUGUUGAAAAGGAGCUGUACUCGACUUUGAAGUCCGCCUUUAUUCCGUUAUAAAAAUAACUUUUACAGAA